AUGCAACCAGCAAAGCGUGCGCCAUGGGAGACUAAAGGAGCCAGCAAAGGUCUAUCCCUCGAUGACCCAAGCCAGCUGCGCAUUGUAACUGGAAAACCAUUAGACGGGUUCCAGCAAAUCGGCAUUGAGUGCGUGCACAACGAAUCCAUCGGAUGGAGUUUUGCCAACAUAGCCACAGUGCAAACGCUGAGUUCUCUUGAAACGUGCUCCGUAUUCUUCCUCAUCACAAAGGGCUAUGUCAAGAACAAAAUCGUUGCCUUUGGAGUGGAGGAGUCGCGCGUCGUGGAAACAGUAGUCACGGUGUUAGAUCCAGUUUGUGGCGUUUGUGAACCUCGCGCCGUUACCAUCACGAAUUUGGCUACCGAUCCCUGCGACUUUGUCCAGGCCUCAUACGAUGAUGAUGCUCUUCGAGUUGAGGUGAAAUCAAUGAUCGCUGUGCUCAUUGAGUUGCGAAAGUCAGAUUCCAGUGGCGAGGACUGGGAGAAGUACCGUUUAUCCAACACUUUGGACGAAUACGUACUUUCCUUGCUCACCGCGUUUGGAAUCGACAAGACGUCCAUUCAGCAUCGCACAGUCGUCAAACAGGACUACGUGUGCAAGCGGCUCAUGAUUCCAUAUGAAACAAGAGACAGGCUAUAUGUGAAAAGUGGCGCUUUCUCUGUGCAAGUUCGACCCUGUCGUCGCCCAUCUGAUCCCGCAGAAUCCGGCCUAGAACUUUUGCGUGUUGAUCAUGCAGGAUGUUUAUCGUCUUUGUACAAGAAGUUCGAACACCAGGAGGGUUUUCUGGGAUGCUUUGGGUCACAAGGUGCACGUUAUAUUCGUGUAAAGGACGAGCACAUUGCCGACAUGCGGCGAGCAAUCUACCCGAACUCGGACAGGUUUUCCGAGAAAAACAUCAGCAUCAAGAUCGUUGAUCAGUACAAGUGCUUGGGAUUUCCUACCGGUACAUCUCUCAAGGUAGUAGCCAGCUCUCUUGAGGGACUGGGGUGGAUUGUCAUACCUUUAAGGGUGGUGCAUCUCAAUGAGCUCGCGAUUGUGUUCGUUGGUUCCAACGAAGACCCUCCGGACUGGCGCUUUGUCACCUCUGCAGGGCCCAUCGUAAUCCAGAAGUACACCAUCGAGCAGCGGUCGCAGCAAAGGCCGAAGGCUGCAGCCCACCAGCAAAGCGGCAGUGUCAUCAAGAAGCUCGAGAUGCCCAUGGCGCAAACCCUUUCGGAUGUCUCAACGGCUUCGUCGCAGCCAUCCACGUCAGCAGCCAACUUCGACCCAUGGGCCAAUUGGAAGCCAACUGGCUCGCAAAAUCAAGUCCUCGCUUCGAGAGUUGAGCGGCUGGAGAAACAAAUGUCAGCUGUCAAUGGUGACAUCAAGGAUUUGCAGAAACACCAGGUCGCCACCACGUGCAAGCUUGAGACCAUGCAGGCGGAGAACGCGCAAGGCUUCAAAAGUUUGAUGGCGGCCAUUCAGGAGAUCAAGAUGUCACAGUCUGCAGCUUCCACUCCGAUUCAGUCUCCUCCCCUCAAGUUACCCAGACAAUCUUAA